GAGAAAUCAGACAAAAAGCAUAAUAAUAUUUUUAUUCCAUUGAUGCCGUCGGAUCUAAAAGACGCUAUGCAUAGCCAGGGUUAAAUAGCUCCCUUGGUGUUUUAAGUAAUCAGUUUCCUGACAGCUCAUAUACGAUCUACGCGAGGUGAAGAUUAGAAUUCGACACGUGACGACCUUGCCGUGGUAUCAGCUAUUAUGGUUCUUUAUAGGUAUUCGCGUGUUGUGACCGUUGGUUUCUAUGGUAGCGAGUGACCUGGUCAGUUCACCACGUGGUCAGUAACUGAACUUUGAUUUAGAACCGAAAAUUUGGGUCGUACCUUAAUGAAUGCUUAUUUUAGGAUGCGGAGCAUCGUUACAGAUUUUACGGCAGCGUCGUCCUUCACGCGCGCAGAUACAUAAAUCGAUAGUUUCAUUUUUACGAUAGCCCCAUUUAUUAUCGCAAUGUAUGUUGCGAAACGCUCGAAAUUUACUUAAUCAGCUCGUAUAUGUAUAUGUACUUACAUACGUACAUGCAGUCUAUACAUUUUUUUUAUAUUCUACGUGCAUAUAAUGCUCAUUUUAUUGCUGUAUUGAUAUCGACUAUUAUUGAAAUUUCAAACACUAUCGUGUACAUCCGGACGUUUUCGACCGAAUUUCUUUCGCGCACUGAUAUAUUUUACUCGGGGUCAAGAGACCGGACGUCCUCCUCGGCGCGAUGAGUUCGAUCCGUCGAGAGGUCCGAAGAUGUUUCCACGCGACCGGUUGGAGUAGUCGCGAGUAGGUGCCAGAGACGGGCAUGGACACUAAGACUCCGCCGAUCCCGCUCAAGUCGCAGGAGAAGCCUCAACCGAAAAGAGCGGAUCGCGUGGCCGAUGUGUCCUUGCCCCCGCUGACACCGUAUCCAAAUCAUCGUUCGUCCAAACACAGACUGUCCGGUACAUCGCGGUCGCAGGAUCCACCUUGCCCUGUGCAGCAUCAGGAUCAUCGCAAGAAGAGACCUUAUAGAGUAUUACACAUCGGUGCAACACCUUUGAUGCACGCCUGUCAACAGAGUGACAGGACAAGAGUAUUGAGAUUAUUGAAGGAACAGGAGGAAACGAUCGCUUAUAGGGAUCGUACGUUGAGAAACGCCCUUCAUUAUUGCAUGGACGCGGGUACCGGUGGUGCCGUUGCCGCGGCGGCACCAGAACUGGUGAACGCUCCUGAUGCCGAGGGGCACACCCCGCUUCAUCUCGCGGUCAUCGCCGGGGACACUCAGCUGGUCGCGGUUCUCUUGGCGAACGGUGCCGAUGUUAACGCUAAAGAUCUCGAGGGACAUAGUGUUCUCCAUUGGGCCACUGUUUGCGGGGAAGCGGAAUGCGUUCGGUUGGUUCUGGCGGCUGGCGCGCGACCUUCCACCCCAGAUUUACGUGGCGGAUCUCCACUUCACUAUGCCGCUCAAUGUUGCGGCGCGGCCGCCACGGCCGAGCUUGCUGUUCCUAAGAAGGUUGGCUUGAAAGUUUUACAAACGCUUCUUGAAUUCGGCGCGGACGUGAAUGCAAAGGACGAGGACGGACGGCAACCGAUUCUGUGGGCGGCAAGCGCGGGUAGCGUGGAGGCAGUGUUGGCUCUAGCAAGAGCCGGAGGUUCGGCAGCCGCAGGUACUUCAGACAAAGACGGACUCACGGCACUUCAUUGUGCAGCCUCGAGAGGCCACGCGAGAUGCGUAGAAGUACUCGUCAACUUGUGCGGAUCUCAUCCCGACUAUGUGGACGACAACGGUUGUUCCGCGUUACAUUACGCUGCGACUUUAGGUCACGCGGAUGCCACCGCUCUUAUCCUCAAACUCGGGGCCGAUCCCAAUCGUCAAGAUCGAAAGGGUAGAACACCAGCACUUUGCGCCGCAGCUAAGGGUCAGUUAGAAACUUUGAAGAUUCUAACUCAGCAUGGCGGGUCGCUCCACGCUAAAACCGUGCGUGGCACGGGGAUAGGGCACGAGGCCGUCGCGUCCGGUAGAAUCGAAUUGAUAAAGUGGUUAGCGAAAAAAAGACCGAGCACGUUGGACGUCGCUACUCACGACGGCAAGACACCCCUUCAUGUCGCGGCUUUGCACGGACAUCUGGACGCGUGCAAAAUUCUCUUGGAUCAUGGCGCAAAAAUCAAUGCAGUUCUUAGAACUAGCAAGGGCAAUUCGAUGACUCCGCUAGACGCAGCACUCUAUAGAGGACAUAGGGAUUGUGCGAAACUGAUUCAGAUGCACGGUGGUACUAUGGCGCAGCAACUCAGAACGCAUAAGACUGCACCGAACAAAGUUUUUACAGCAAAGGUUCGAAUAAAACAUGACGAGAGUAGCACCGCGAGCGAUAGUAGUCCUUGUAGACGAGGGCACAAGCAUCCCGAGCUCUACUAUGAGGAGAGAUGGAUAGAAAGAAGAACGCGACGAAAAGGUAAUCUGAAAAAGCUCACUCGUCGGGAUAGUCGGAGUUUUAGUGAGGAAGAAGUGCGUUUGUCAAAGACAUCCUCGAAAAAAGAUGACAGACGAGCUCGAAGCGAAUCCGCACGAUAUGAUAAUACUAUCAAUGAACAUAAUCUGCAAAAAAAACGAAGCAGAAGAGUAUCAACGAGGCAUAAACAGGAAUAUUUGGAUUCGUCGUUCGAAUCGGAUAGUUGCGAUUAUUCUCACGAUGACACUGAAAACGGAGUAGCCAAACAUCGGCAGCACGCAAAAAAACAGCAAAAAAAGGACAAAAGCAAAAGCUCCAAUGAAACGGAAAUUAAAAAUGACUCAAGAAAAGAAGAUGAUGAUCGAAGCGUAAGCGACGACAGCUUAGAAGUAAUCGUAGUGAAAAAAUCACUGGAAAAAAAGUGUGAAAAAGUUGUAUCCGGAAAAAAAUUGAAGACACCUAUGGAAUGCACAAAGGAAACAAAAUUGACCAAAACGCACAAACGUAGCUCUAAGAAAAUGUCGAGAUCUAACAAGUCGAGAACGUUCGAUAAAGAUAAAAAUACCGCAGAUCGAGAUAAAUCGCCGGACAAGGUAGAAAAAAGUGUCGUAAUAAAAGAGUCGAUGCAUACUUCGGCUGAAGAAGAAGAAGAAGGUGGCAGCGAGAGGAUAAUAGAAUCUCGAUAUCGGAGAGACGCGACGGAUAGUACUAGUCAAGAAACCGUAGAGCGAGUGAUUGUCACAGCGAUGGUUCACAAAGACCAGAUUUCUGACACUCCGAGAUCAACGCAAGAAAUUGCGAAGGAGACGAGCUCUGACGGGGUUUUGAGAAAAAGGACGAUAGAGGAAACAAAGGAAACUUUCAAGGAUAUUAGUUCUUCAGAAGUCCAGGAUGAAAAGGAUAAAAUAGUAAUGCCUAUUAGCAUGGAGGAUGCAAAAGAAGAUGCACAUAGUAAAACGCAAGAUAGGUUAAAUACAUUCGAGAGUGUAAUAUCGAGUGAUGGCACAUUGCAUGGAAAGCAAGAAACCAAUGUAAUGAAGCAUAUUUCGAGUGUGGAGACUGGAAAAUUAGCCUCCGAAGAUUCGAAGCGAGACGAGAAAAUUGUCGCGAAAAAAACUUUAUUAGAUGAUGGAGAAUCGAAAGCUUCGAAACAAUCCGAUGCACGCCAAACUGCAAGCGAUCUGAAAGAAAAUGUCGAGAGUGUACAAAUAACUAAGAAUGAAGAUACGGUUUUGACAAAGCAGACAUCCACGAAAGUAGUUACUGAAGAGAUCUCAGCCAAAGAUAAAGCCGAAUCAAAAGAGCACAAAGAUAUGAAUAAGCGCGACGAUAUCAAAUCUUUGGAAAAAAUGCAGGUGGAUGAAAAACAGAAAACGGAAGCAUUUACCGAACGAUCAACAGACGACGACAAAUACUUAGAUGAUUCCGCGCGUGGGAAAUCCGCAGAUUUAUCAUCAACAGAAUCGAGAGUGUCAACGCUGAACGUGGAAGAAAGUCUUUCCCCAGAAAGGACGGGUUCAUUACGUGACAAAAAGUCGGAGCCUAUUAAAAAAGAUGGCAAAGAACGAUCAGAAAUUAAAACAGGAGAUAAAGAUUUUCGCUAUAUCGACGAUAGUUCUUCGAGUUCUCCAAAGCCCGCGAGAUCGACAAAAAUGAGGCACUCAAGACCAUCUACAGGAAAAAAUAUGAGGACUGGAAAGUCUUCUUCAAAGGCAUCAACAAAGACACACCUGUUUGAAAGUUCUGAGGAGCGUUCGUCGCAUCAAAGUGCGAUAAUCGCAGUGUUAGAUAGCCCAGAAUGGGAUGAAGACGAAGCGGUCGAGAAAGAAAUUAGGGAAGCUCUCGGAGAGGAUAUGGAGCAUGAGACGGAGCAUGAAGAAGAUAAUGAAAUUGGUGUUAUGCGAGUUUUACCAAGCACGAGUGAGGAAGAGACUCCUAGCACAGCUUUAGGUGUAUCUAGAACUUCAAGAAUCGAUUCUUUGCCUCAGGUACAAUCAACAACUACCAGCCGUUUAGUUACAAUUGAGAACGGCGGCAAUCAUCGAGAACGAUUGUGGAGGAAACAUCGUCGCGACAGCGGAGGUAGAGAUAGUGGAAUAGAACCGAGCCCGAGAGUAUCGAGAAUUCCACGGAGACGGAACGUAAGGUGUUUUCCAAAUACGGCGAAACAGCAAGCUCUCAAUAUGGAGACCAUUACCAGAGAUGUACAAAUUGGUCUGCGUCGUUAUCAUCUCGAAAGGAAAAUCUUUUUCCAAUUAAUGGAGCUGAAGAGAUUACAGAUUCGUCACGGUAGAGCGAACGAGCACGUUUUAGUAAAAAGGCAAAGUGAUCUUUUUCAGGUGGACGCCUUUCAUAAAUCGGGAAUGUCUGGACCUACUCUUGGUGUUGCAAAAUAUGAUCGAUCAUUAACGUUUAGACAAUUCGAAGCGUUUCUGUACGAGCAAUUAAGAAGGCUGCAAGGAAGACCAACUACUCCAGACUUUUGUACCGAAGCUAAGCAAUGCACACAAAAAACUCAUCGUUGUCAUCAUGCAACCAGCGCUUACACCUCUAUUCCAGUGUAUACCUAUCUGGGUGGAGGCGUCCCAGAUCGAGUGAACCAUCUUCCGAAAAUAGAGAGUCGCGGCAGAGGGCAAAUGACGGUGGAAGUGACACACGGAGAGGAAAAACAAGUGAUUGCUCUUCCAACUGAGAAAAUGGAUCGUACCAAAAGAUAUUUUGUUACGUUCACUGUACGAGGUGAAACGCAAGACGUUGAAAAACCCAAAUCAUCCUGCACAAUACAAAGGAAUGCAAAGAGCGUCUAAAUAAUAAUUUUUUC